AUGCCCGGAGUCGCAUCCAUCGUGAAUAAGUCCGUACCUGACGAUGCGCAGAUCCAUCAGUUCUACAACACGACCAACCUGAACCUGGCUCUGAACUUGAUGCCCGGUAACAAAGGCGGAAACGCCUUGUGGACGGUUGAUCCUGAUCAGGACGGCAGUCAUGACGGUGUACUCGUGGACAAGACAUCGCUGGCUACGGCCCGCUUCACGGGUUCCAAACUGGUGUUCGCCCUGACGCACCCCAAGCCCCCCUCCCCCAACGAUGAGACAAAAUAUAACGUCUCCAUCGUGAGCCCGGGGUAUAUGCCUCUCAGGCCGACUGAGAUUACCAAUCUCAGCGUUGGGGCUUGCUCCACGGACCAGGAAGAUGAGGCCUUCGUGUAUUAUCUAAAAGGAGUCGAUGCGCAAAGUCUCCAGCUACGCGAGUUCCUCGUCUCCCAAGGAGACGAUAGACCCUAUCCCGACGCAGUUGUACGAGUGGGCUCAGCAUUGGCGGCCUAUUGGGCUGGAAAGCCAUACGUCAUCUACCAAGGACGCAACAGUCCCGAUCUCGUGCUAUUUUCACCGCAGGAGGACACCGCAAUUCCGAUUUCAAAUACCGGCGACGCUCGCAUCGGAACCACCAUCGCCGCCACCUAUGUCAAUGGCAAGGCCUACGUGUACUAUACAGACACUACCCUGAACGUGCGCAGGGUCGUGGACAAUGACGGCCAGUGGACGCCGUCGAAGAUCGACUCCGACCCCGUGGAUGAGACCAGCCAGUUGGCUGCCACCACUGCCAACGGGCACAAUCACCUCUUCUACCUGGCAUCUACGGACAGCGGUGAUAAAUUCACCCAUCAUUUGGAUCCGCUCUAG